AGUUCAUAAUAACAUGACCAAGAAGAAAAACAUUUUGCCGUCUACACUCGAGUCCACUUUACGUCUCACUCAUAGAGCUCAAAACCAUGGCGUCCGUGGCCACCAUCCUCCGCCGGAAGCUUUCCCACAAACCCUUCCAUUUCCAGUUACUGACAGUAAGAGCAUUCUCUGCCUCUGAGCCGCAGAGGAUAGAGAAGAUUCUGAUAGCAAACAGAGGCGAAAUUGCUUGCAGGAUCAUGAGGACCGCCAAGAGGCUCGGGAUUCAAACCGUCGCCGUUUACAGCGACGCCGAUAGGCAUUCGCUUCACGUCAAAUCGGCCGACGAAGCUGUGCAUAUCGGCCCGCCUCCGGCUCGGCUCAGCUACCUCAAGGCCUCAUCGAUUAUCGACGCGGCCAUUCGCACUGGUGCGCAGGCUAUACAUCCUGGUUAUGGUUUUCUGUCAGAGAGUGCUGAGUUUGCUCAACUUUGUGAAGAUAAGGGUCUUACAUUUAUUGGACCUCCAGCAUCUGCCAUCCGAGACAUGGGUGAUAAAAGUGCUUCAAAGAGAAUAAUGGGUGCGGCAGGGGUACCUCUGGUGCCUGGAUAUCAUGGUAAAGACCAAGAUAUUGAUCUAAUGAAGUUAGAAGCCGACAAGAUUGGAUACCCAGUCUUAAUAAAGCCAACUCAUGGAGGUGGAGGGAAGGGUAUGCGGAUUGUUCAAAGUCCGGAUGAAUUUGUUGACUCUUUCCUGGGAGCACAACGUGAGGCUGCUGCUUCUUUUGGCAUAAGCACGAUAUUGCUGGAGAAAUAUAUUACACAGCCAAGGCACAUUGAAGUCCAGAUAUUUGGGGACAAACAUGGGAAGGUUCUACAUUUGUAUGAGAGAGAUUGCAGCGUCCAGAGAAGACACCAGAAAAUCAUUGAAGAAGCUCCAGCUCCAAAUGUGUCGAAUGACUUCCGGACUCACUUGGGCCAAGCUGCUGUAUCUGCUGCCAAGGCAGUUGGUUAUCACAAUGCUGGCACUGUGGAGUUUAUAGUUGAUACAGUCUCAGGCCAAUUUUAUUUCAUGGAGAUGAAUACCCGACUUCAGGUUGAGCAUCCUGUGACUGAAAUGAUUGUUGGCCAAGAUCUUGUAGAGUGGCAGAUUUGUGUUGCAAGCGGUGAACAUCUUCCCAUUAGUCAGUCACAGGUCCCAUUAUCAGGUCAUGCUUUCGAAGCCCGAAUAUAUGCUGAAAAUGUACCGAAAGGAUUCCUUCCAGCAACGGGGGUCCUUCAUCACUAUCAUCAUGUUCCAGUCUCACCACAAGUUCGAGUUGAGACUGGAGUUGAACAGGGAGACACUGUUAGCAUGCAUUAUGAUCCUAUGAUUGCUAAACUCGUAGUAUGGGGAGAAAAUCGUGCUGCGGCAUUGGUAAAACUGAAGGAUUGCUUAUCAAAGUUUCAGGUUGCAGGUUUACCAACCAACAUCAAUUUUCUUCUAAAACUUGCUAACCAUCGGGCAUUUCAAAAUGGCGAUGUGGAAACCCAUUUUAUUGAACACUUUAAAGAUGACCUGUUUGUUGACCCUAGUAAUUCACUGUUAGUGGAGAAAGUGCUUGGUGCUGCUAGAUUUAGUGCUACACUGGCAGCUGCGUGUCUCAUUGAAAAGGAAAAUUCUUUAUUCAGAGCAAAUCUUCGUGGUGGCGACAGCAUAAUCUCCAUAUGGUAUUCUUCUCCCCCUUUCAGAGUCCAUCAUUGUGCUAGGCAUACAGUGGAACUUGAGUGGGAGAAUGAAUAUGAUAGCAGUGGCUCAAAGUCAUUGAAACUUUCAACCACUUAUAAACCAGAUGGGAGCUAUCUGAUUGAGACAGAAGAAGAGAGUUUCCCAGGUUUGGAGGUCAACGUAACUUGUAUAGGCAACCAUGAAUUCAGAGUCGAAGCUGAUGGUGUAAACAUGGAUGUUAGCUUAGCUGUUUAUUCCAAGGAUCAGACCAAGCACAUUGAUAUAUGGUAUGGAUCACAUCAUCAUCAUUUCAGGCAGAAAACCGGCCUUGAAUUGUCUGAUGAAGAUGAAACGGAACAUAAACCCAGAUUUGACAAAUCAUCAUACCCUCAGGGGACUGUUGCUGCGCCCAUGGCUGGUUUGGUUGUCAAGGUUGUGGUGAAGGAUGGGACAAAAGUGGAGGAAGGACAACCUAUAUUAGUUUUAGAGGCAAUGAAGAUGGAGCAUGUUGUAAAGGCACCAUCAGCGGGCUAUGUCCGCGGGCUUCAUCUAGCAGCUGGUCAGCAGGUUUCUGAUGGUGGUAUUCUCUUCAGUAUCAAGGAGGAGUGAUAAUUCAAGUCUAGUGUUUCUGAAUCGUUUUAACAAGGGCCGGCCUCAUUCUGAAGUUGUGCCUGAACAGAGAGAGUUAUCGGAAUGGUGACAAGAUUUCUGUUGUAAGAAACUAAUUCAUAGCCUUGUUUACGCAUAGUCAUUCUCAUUUCAUAUAAUAAAAUCUCACCAUCUUCAGGCUGUAAAGAAACAUUUGUCAGGUAUUUUACAAGGAGAACAAGGGAAAAAGGGUUUCUUUUUAUUUUUUU